GACAUAUUACCGCGGAAACAAACAAUGGCCGAAGUGAAAUAGUGUCAAUGAAUGUGUCGGUUUCGGAAGACAGUCGAUGGGACCGUCUGGGAUUUUUUUUUUAUUAGUAUCCUCAAACGACCCUACUCGCGUCGCAAAAGGACUGCGACAUUAGACACAACGGAGAUGCUGGGCUUUUCAGGUCGAAUGUUUACUCUUCUAACAUACCCAACACGAAGCCCUGGAGGGUGAGCAUUUCCUCAUCCUUCCACUUCAUUAUCUUCCCUCUAUCUGCAAUCACCAAGGACACCGGCGCCAACUCCCACCACCACGAAAACACAACAACGCCUGGCAGACAGGAGGUGGCACGUGAAAACAUUCAAUCCACCAUCACCACUAAACCACACGCACGCGCAAGCGUGACAUCAUCGAAUGGUCGAGCGGCUGGCGGCAUCAGCAGAGAGGCUGACAGAUUGAGGGAGGGGAAACACACCACGGAAGAAGAGGAGCAACCGGACCACCCCUCCUCCUCUCCUCUCUGUACGAUCUGUCCUUCUCCCCGAAUGCAUCAUCAUUCCUGUGGAUGCUCCGGGAUGACAGCGUGAAGCGGGGCCAGGAGCUGUCGAGGUGCUCGCACGCACGCACGCCCCCGCCCCUCUUUCUCCCUCCGCGGCCGCUUUUAUCGACUCGAAUGUGGCCAUGAAUUCGGCGGAGCAAACGGUGACAUGGCUCAUUACGCUCGGCGUGCUGGAGUCGCCCAAGAAGAGCAUCGCGGACCCCGAGGCUUUCCUGCACAGCUCCCUCAAGGAUGGCGUGGUGCUCUGCAGGCUCCUGGAGCGCCUCAGCCCCGGAUCCACGGAGAAAAUUUACCAAGAACCGAAGAACGACGGCGAGUGUCUGAGCAACAUAAAGGAGUUUGUCAAGGGCUGCACGUCUUUCCGCGUCGAGCCAUUUGAAGCCACUGACCUGCUGCUUGGCCUAAAUUUCUCAAAGGUGCUGAGUACUCUCGUGGCUCUGAAUAAAGUGACAGCAGAUAUUGGCGUGGGCAGUGAUUCUGUGUGUGCCCGACAUUCUUCCGCCCACCGUAUUAAGUCUUUCGAGUCUCUGGCCUCCCAGGCUUCAUUGGGUCGAUCCUCCAAGCUGCUACAGAACCAGUUUCGCAGUCUGGACAUGUCAGAGAACUGCGGGCAGCAGCUGCUGGUAAAGGCGCGUUUCAACUUCCUGCAAACCAAUGAGGAUGAGCUCACCUUUAAUAAGGGUGACAUCAUCAGCGUGACUCGUCAAGAGGAUGGAGGCUGGUGGGAGGGGACCCUCAACGGCAAGACUGGAUGGUUUCCUAGCAACUACGUCCGUGAAGCCAAAGGCUCUGACAAACAAGUCUCACCGAAGUCCGGUACCCUCAAAAGUCCGCCUAAAGGCUUCGACACAUCUGCCAUAAGCAAGACAUACUAUAACUUGGUGUUGCAGAACAUUUUAGAAACAGAGACAGAAUAUUCUAAGGACCUCCAGAGCCUCCUCGCAAAUUACCUGCGUCCUCUUCAGACCUUUGAAAAGGUGAGCAGUGCUGAUGUAUCUCUUAUCCUGGGAAAUCUGGAAGAAAUCAGCACGUUUCAACAGAUGCUUGUCCAAUCACUGGAGGAAUGCACCAAGCUUCCCGAGAGUCAGCAAAGGGUGGGAGGCUUCUUCCUCAACCUUAUGCCGCAAAUGAAGGCUCUUUACGUGGCGUACUGCUCAAACCAUCCCUGUGCAGUUAAUGUGCUUACGCAACACAGUGAGGCACUCGGGGAAUUCAUGGAGGGCAGAGGGGCUGUCACCCCGGGGAUCCUCACCCUCACCACGGGCCUUAGUAAGCCUUUCAUGAGGCUUGACAAAUACCCCACCCUGCUCAAGGAGCUAGAGCGCCACAUGGAGGAGAGUCACCCUGACAGAAGUGACAUCCAUAAGUGCAUGGCUACUUUCAAAAAUCUAUCUGCACAGUGCCAGGAGGUGCGGAAGCGUAAGGAGCUGGAGCUGCAGAUCCUGACUGAAUCCAUCCGGUUGUGGGAGGGUGACGACAUCAAGACGCUGGGCUCGGUGCUGUACAUGAGUCAGGUCCUGGUGCACACUCCUGUAGCAGAGGAAAAGAGUGAGCGUUACAUCAUGCUUUUCCCACAUGUUCUACUCAUGUUGUCGGCCAGCCCCAGGAUGAGCGGCUUCAUAUUCCAGGGUAAACUGCCUUUAGCUAGCAUGUCGGUGGGCAAGCUCGAAGAUUGCGAAGCCCACAAAAAUGCAUUUGAGCUCAGCGGCCCCAUGUUUGAGCGACUUCAGGUGUCGUGCACCAACCAGCAGGAUCUGCAGGACUGGGUGGAGCAUCUAACUCGGCAGAUCAAGCACACUGCAGCCACGGCGCCGAGCCACAAACCUCUUACUGUUCCCUGCCACACUCUUCCAUCUCAUCCCGUCACUCCGUCCCGGCACGCAGAAGGCAGGGCCAUGACAGUGGCCCCCACCUACCACACCCUGCCCCAUCCUUCCUCCCAUGGGACAUCCCACAGUACUAUGAUGUGGGGCCCCCUGGAACCUCCCAACACCCCCAAACCUUGGAGCUUAAGCUGCCUGCGGCCUGCACCCCCUCUACGACCCUCUGCAGCCCUCUGCUAUAAGGAGGAUCUAAGUAAAAGUCCCAAGAGUGUCAAGAAACUCCUUCCUAAGCGCAAACCAGAGAGGAAACAGUCUGAGGAGGAGUUUGCCUUGAGAAAGAGCACUGCUGCUCUGGAAGAAGAUGCCCAGAUCUUAAAAGUCAUUGAAGCCUACUGCACCAGUGCCAAAACCAGGCAGACCCUCAACUCCACCUGGCAGGGCACUGACUUGAUGCACAACCACGUGCUGGCCGACGCGGAUCGGCCCUCCACCGACUCCCCGGGCCGCCGCAGCAGCGUGUCACGGCCGGAGUUGAGCUCCGACCUUUCGGAGGACUCUGACUACGACUCUAUUUGGACCAGCCACUCUUACCGAAUGGGCUCGGUGCCGCGCAAGAGCUGCAUCUCUCACCAAAACUAAAGAAUGCUUGGUGCUGCCCCAUGGCGCACUUACCUCUUUAACCGUCUGUAUUAGGAUUUUCUUAAAAUCUAUUUAUUCUAUUGGUUUUUUUGUUGUUAACUUAUUUACUUUAAUUUACUUUUGGACAGAUUGAUGAUGUAGAACACAUCUCCCCGUUGCCUUUGCCACGUUCCCUUUCGAUGUGCCUCCUCUCUUUCUGUAGCCGUCAUGCAGUAAGCAUUUGCUCAUUCCUGUUCAUUGAAGGGCGUAGGUUUGGUCUCAAAAUUGGUAGGGACGCUAUAACAGCAUAACCUGCAUGUACACUUUUUGCUGGGGACGGGACAUUAAUAAGACAAACAGAUUGGGUACAUAUCUCAAAAAUGGCUGCUUCCUACAUAAAAAUGAAAAAAGGUGAAAUAAUUUUCAUAGGGAGAAAGUCAUUUUUCAAAAUGCUUGCUUCACAUAAAGGAAAUUUAGAGUGGUUGUGCUUUUUUAGUUUUUUUUUUUUUUUUUUUAGGGUGGGGGGGUGCAUAGACUGCAAAUAAAAUAGUUUUUUUUUUUAAAUGAUGUGGAAAAUCAAUACAUUUUAAUUAAUGAAUAAAUGCACAAAAUGCUCAGUUGAAUUAAAGUUGACAGUAGAAAACAUACAGGAAGGCCCCUCUCUAAGCAGCUUUCUACUCGAGUUUUACAGGGUAGCAAGUUCACACAGUUUAAUGUUAUGCUAACUCCAGAGGUUGCGCUAGACUUUUUCGAUGUCUGUCAUUUUGACAGACAGGGUCAUAAAAAUCCGGUCAUAAUCUAUUUUUACCCGUCACUUAUUUUUUUAAAAUGAUAAUAAUGACAUUGUGGUGACCCUUUGUUUGGCAUAAUUCACCUUCCGUACUCGUGUGUCCAUUUGGCCGAGCGCGUUACCGGCUACGACACAGUCACGUGACAGAGACACUUGCACAGCAAUUCGAGCUAACAAGCCUCUUAACAUUGCAUACCGCUUCAACAUAUUCAAUAGUAUUUAGUUUUCAUUCAUUUUAAAUUAAUAUUCUGUCCGAACAAGCUUAACAGAGAAUCCACACCGUGCCAUCACACAUCAAGCAGAUGAAUAUGUAACUUUUUCUCCGCAGUGACAAAAACAGCUGACUGUGGCCCCAGUAGGUAGGCUACAUAUGGAACAAUGAAAUUAACAGUUCACCUGCUGUGGCCUGAACGCAGUCUCACACCUUCCUCCUGGUGCGCAUGGACUUGAAUUGCGUGCCACGCUUGUGCAGUCCCUCUUUUGUCACCUCUUUUAUCAACACCAUCAUCGUUUUGGGGCUUUUUGAAGAAAUUUCGGACACUUAGUUGCCUUGAAAUUUUUCCAAGUAAGGCCAACGAUGUCAUGCAUCAAGAGAGACAAUAGCUAAUUAAUAUGCUCACUCGCCACCCUGUGGUCUGGGGUGUGAAUUGCAACCUGUCAAAAUGACAGAUGGACUUCAGUUUUUUCCGUCACUGUUUUAAAAAAUCGGUCAACGACGGAAAAUAUUCGGUUAACGUGACCCCUGGCUAACUCUUAUGCAGGUUGGACUUUCAGUAGCAAAAUUAGUGGUGUGUUCCCCACCUCCACAACAUUGACAUCUUUUUACUAGGGCUGUCAAACGAUUAAAAUUUUUAAUUGAGUUAAUAACAGCUUAAAAAUUAAUCGUAACUAAUCGCAAUUCAAACCAUCUAUAAAAUAUGCCAUAUUUUUCUGUAAAUUAUUGUUGGAAUGGAAAGAUAAGACACAAGACAGAUAUAUACAUUCAACAUACUGUACAUAAGUACUGUAUUUGUUUAUUAUAACAAUAAAUCAACAAGAUGGCAUUAACGUUAACAUUCUGUUAAAGCAAUCCAUCCAUCCAGUUCUUAAAAGAUAAAUGUUAGUAAAAGUUAUAGAAAUGUUAGAUUAAAACCCCUCUUUAUGUUUUCGUUUUAAUAAAAUUUGUAAAAAUUUCAAUCAAAAAAUAAACUAGUAGCUUGCCAUUGUUGAUGUCAAUAAUUACACAAUGCUCAUGGUGCGUAAACCUAUAAAAUCAGUCGCACCAAAGCGCCUGCAGAGGGCGACAAAACUGCCAAAAAACACAAGUAACAAGUGGAGAUUACACUGUGCUGUCAUUUUAAUCUGUUUGAGCGGGGCAUUUCCAUUAAAUGUGUCAAAUAUUUUAACGUGAUUAAUUUAAAAAAUUAAUUACCGCCCGUUAAUGCGAUAAUUUUGACAGCCCUACUUUUUACAUUACUUACAGUGGCUGCUGCUGCUGCCCCCCCCCCAAAAACUCUUAAUAUCCCUCCUCUUCAAAGGGGGCGGAGGAUGCGUCAUAUUGACAUGCAUUUCUGUCGGGGUCGUGUGAAUGUGGGGGUUCUAGUCAUCAGCCAAUCAAACAUGUGUUUGAGGGGAAAAAAUGGACCGGCACUACUAAAUAGUAGAGAUGUCAUCCCGAUCGAUCGGGUCCGAUCACGUCAAUUUCAAAGUAUCGGAAUCGGCAAAAAAAUAUCGGACAUGCCUUUUUUUAAUAUACCAGUAUAUAUAUAUUUUUAAUUAAAUUGUUUUCUAAUAGUAUUAAACGUUACAGACAUAAUAUGUUACACUCAUCCAGAGUCUUUAGUUUAGGCUUAAGGUAGGGUUAUCAAAUUUAUCCCGUUAACGGCAGUAAUUAAUUAAAAAAAAAAAAAUUAUCACAUUAAAAUAUUUAACGCAAUUAACGCAUGCUCUGCACGAUCCACUCACGCAUUGUCGCGUUCAAUCUGUAAUGGCGCCGUUUUACCUAUAUAUAGAGCUAAAAGGCAACGUAAAAUGAGUAGAGUGAAUUUUGGCAGCCUUUGGAGCCUUUUUUUAAUUGGCUAAAGCCUUACAAUCCCUCUCCUUACGAUUAGAAAUAUCGUGGGAAGCAAUGUGGGAAAGAAAGGUAGUAAUUGAUCUUUUUCUUAUCACCCUAUAUUAUUUCCCAACGCAGAGAAGAUAUAUCAAUUGGUACCACUGCGCACAGUCAUGGUUUCACAAGUUAAAUGGCUACAAUAUAAUUUACUGAAAGCUCAACAAAUACACUAGAUGGCAAUAUUUAGUCACAAUAUACAAAGUCACCUUUAUCCUUUAAGAAUAACAAGUCUUCCCUCUCACAGAAAGAAUGUUAAUGAUGUAAAUGCCAUCUUGAGGAUUUAUUGUCAUAAUAAACAAAUACAGUACUUAUGUACUGUAUGUCGAAUGUAUAUAUUCGUCCGAAUUUUAUUCAUUUUUUUCUUAAUGCAUUGCCAAAAUGUAUAUGAUCGGGAAAAAUUAUGGGGAAUUAUUGGACUUGAAUCGGGAGCAAAAAAAAAAAAAAAAAGCAAUCAGAUCGGGAAAUCUCGGGAUCGGCAGAUACUCAAGCUAAAACGAUCGGGAUCGGAUCGGGAGCAAAAAAAACAUGAUCGGAACAACCCUACUAAAUAGCAAAUGAAAAGGGGUAAAUGUAAGUCUGAACAUAAUGAAAAUAAUUCACUUAAUAAUGGUAGGGUCAAUUCUAUCCUAACAACACAUGGGAAGACAAUCUAAAUUACCUUUAUAGUUGAACUCAUUGUAUAAUGGAAAAAAGGUUGCUUAUUAAAAGUUGGUGGGGACAAUUUGAGCAUCCUUAAAAGUUGGUAGUGUUAUGUCCCUACCGUCCCUAUGCAAACCUACGCCCUUGUGUUCAUUUAUCUUGAAUGUGAUCCCUAGUUUGAGCACAAACAUGGGGAACUCUUUUUGCCCCGUUGAGUAAGGAUAAAAGACGUCGGUGGGAUUUAUAAAGGGGAGAUGUGGCGAUUCAGCGUUUCCUGUCUGAUAUUCAGAUGUAAUUCAGGAAUUAGUCUAUUCUCUUUGACGGCGUGCAGCUUAUAUCCCCGUUGGUGGUUUUAGAGCGCGUAUGCUUAAACAUAUAGCACAUGUAAACAAGCAAAUUCAGCUAUAUACUCUCUAUGUCCCUGCUGACACUUAUAAUACAGCACCAUGCCAACUUAAGCAAACUGUAAGCAUUUGUUUAUUUUUCAUUGCCGCAAAUGACAGUCAUUUUUUUUUCUGGGUCACUGUGGCUUUAAUAGAGGACACCUAAAAAGACGUGUAUUUGCCAUGGUAAAUGAAUGCAUUUUUUUUUUUUUUUUUAACGACUACGGUUUUGUACAAU